GUUUUGUUGAGAAACAGAAAGAAAAUGUAGUUAAUUUGUUAAAACAAACUUUGAAAAAGCCUAUUUAGGCGAAAUAUAUUAGACAAGAAUGGAAUUUGUUCUGUAUUCUGUUUCGACGAUAAUGUCCACGUACAACUGGCGUCACGUAUCGAUAUUGUACGACUUCACCGACGUGUUCUUCGACAUUGCGGGCUCGAAUCUUGUUAACGACUUCAAGCGAAACCCGGCCCUAAGCCGACCUUACGAUAUUCCGUUCAAUCCACAAAAGAUCAUUGACUACGCCGGAAUUCUUACAGAAGCUAGUGCGCAUGCGCGAGUGUUCAUCAUUUUCUGCGACUCGGACGUGCUCCGUGACAUCCUCUUUCGGGCCUACUACAUGGGCAAGGCAGAAGGGGAUUACGUGUUUAUCUCCAUGGAGCUGUUUCCUAGCGACUGGCUAGGCUACUAUAUGAAUUUCAUAAGGGGUGACGAGAAGGACACGGCGGUAACCAAGGCGUACGAGUCCCUUCUGCUGCUCACGUUACGUCAGCCGGACAAUCCCGAGUACCAUACAUUUGCAGCGGAGGUUAAGCUGCGAGCCAGGCGGGACUAUGGUUACGAGUUUGGUGUCAACGAAUCGGUAAACUAUUUUAUCACGGCGUUCUACGAUAGUGCCAUGUACCUGGCUCAUUCUUACAAAACUGUUUACGACGAGGGAGGGGAUAUUCGUGAUGGACAGAAAAUUGCGCAGCGACUUUGGAACAGCACAUUUCAAGGUACAACUGGGCCGGUGAAGGUCGAUGAGAUAGGGAACCGGAUGGCCGACUUUGAUCUGUUUGACAUGACGUCACCAUUGACUAGAGCCUUUCAGCUGGUUGGUCGAUAUCGGGGCGCCACACAGAGCUACGUGCCGAUAGCGGGCGUCUCAAUCGUCUGGCCGGAAGAACUUCCGGUCGACACGCCGCCCUGUGGAUUUAGAAGCGAAUUAUGUACCAUCAAGGCUGAAGACAGUUCCUCGUUGAUCGUCAUUCUUUGUGUUACGUUGGCACUGCUCUUCGCCUUUUCCGGAACGUGUUUGAUCGUCGUUUACAGAAAAGUUCGAAUAGCCAAAGAAAUUGACCGGAAGUCGUGGUUAUUCAAAUACUCGGAUAUCCAUCUACGAAAGGAUCGAGUUAACGACUCCUUUCUAUCCAAAUCUCUACUGACAAUAAACCUGCAGGACGUCUCGGAGCAAGUAUUCACGUUGACCGGGUACUGCAACAACGAGACGGUCGCAAUUCGGAAACUUCAAGCAACCAGUCUCGACCUGAGUCGUUCUCAAAGCGUGGAAUUUAGACAACUGCAGUUGCUGUCCCACGCCAACGUUGCUAGGUUCGUGGGUGCGGUUCUAGAGCCCGGACACAAUCUGCUGCUCAUGGAGUACUGCCCCAGGGGUAGUUUACAGGAUAUGCUCCAAAACGACAGCAUUGAGCUUGACUGGUCGUUUCGAUAUUCACUGAUGAACGACAUAAUUAAGGGCAUGUUAUAUCUGCACAGAAGUCCCUUGAAAAUGCACGGACGUCUCUCGAGCACCAACUGCGUCAUUGACGCCCGGUUCGCGCUCAAACUCACUGAUUACGGACCUCAUUCGCUGCUCUAUCCAGAGAGGGAUCUGAUACGCAGGGUCUCAAGUGGCGAGGCCUGCAAUAUAGGAAAGCUACUUUGGACGGCACCUGAGCAUCUUAGGAGCUCCGACGGCAAAAUCGGUGCCUCGCAGAAGGGGGACGUGUUUUCAUUCGCUAUCAUCUUGCAAGAAAUCGCCACGAGGAUGGUUCCCUACGAACUCAACCAAGAGGAUGUCGAAGUGAUCAUCGGUCAUCUGCAGAAUCCAGGUGACAAUUUCGUCCGACCGCUUAUUCCUGCGGAAGCCUGUUCGUCGAGCAUGCUCACUAUGAUAGAGAACUGCUGGGAAGAAGACCCUCGUGGAAGGCCGAGUUUCGCCGAAAUCGAUGAGAACUUCCGGCAGAUCAGAGCAGGCAAAUCCACGAACAUCAUGGACAACCUGCUGCAGCGCAUGUCCAACUACGCGGAUAACUUGGAGCAAUUGGCCUCUGAGAGAACCAAAGCUUUCCUGGAGGAGAAACAUAAAGUAGAGGAGCUGCUUCACAGGCUGUUACCAAGGUCGGUAGCCGCACAGCUUCAGAAGGGCCAGUCGGUCAUUCCCGAGACGUUCGACAAUGUGACAAUUUACUUUUCGGAUAUCGUUGGUUUUACUACGAUUUGCAGCAUUCUUUCGCCAGCUGAGGUCGUGGAUCUUCUCAAUGAUUUGUACACAGCUUUCGACAACAUCAUUGAUAAAUUCAAAGUGUAUAAGGUGGAGACUAUUGGUGACGCUUACAUGUGCGUCUCCGGUCUUCCUGAGCGUAUAGGAAACAGUCACGUGACAGAGAUAGCCGACAUGGCAUUGGUCAUCCUGAAGUCAGUGGAAGGCUUCACGGUUCGACAAAGGCCGGGCACAAAAUUGAAGAUCAGGAUCGGCAUUAAUUCAGGCCCAGUCGUCGCCGGCGUUGUCGGCCAUACGAUGCCUCGUUACUGUCUGUUCGGUGACACGGUUAAUACUGCCUCGCGUAUGGAGUCCACCUCGUUACCUCUUAUGAUACAAAUGUCCGAAUCCACGUCAAAAUUGCUGUCUGAAUUCUCUAACUACGUCACCGAGCAUAGGGGCUUCAUCGAAAUUAAGGGCAAGGGUGUUAUGAGCACACAUUGGCUCGUAGGGCGUGUCGAUUGAAAACGGUCUAUGACUUGUGUUUUACAGUUUACAUCACUCCCGAAGACACAGGGCAAUAUAUCUUCUCUCAGUUUAAUAUUCGUUUGUGAAUAAGCGACUGUUUCUUUAAUCUGAAAUGAAAUUGUUCAAAUUAGUAUUAACAUUUUAGAUUUAAACUGGAUUCAAUGCACAUUACAAAGGAAAAUGAAUCCGCAAUUUAGCUGAGUGUUUGCUAUGUCAAUUCACCAGGAGAUCUUCUCUCUGACACGAAAUGAUCCACCACAAAUCAAUGAAAGUGAAAUUAAGACUCUUUAAUAAAGUGUUUACAAUUUAUGAUAACGUAGAGUCUUUGAAGUCCAAUUUUAAAUAAUAUUAUGAGUAUAUUGCAAUCUGAUAGCUGCACGAUUGUGAAAGGUAUAGUUAUAAUAGGACACUUAUAAAGUCUACCAGGGCCAUUAAUAAUUUUAGUAUAAAAUGCAUUGAAGCAUUCCCAUGAACCAAGAAAUACAUAAAGUUUCAGUAUAAUGAUUAAAAUAAAUCAAUUUCAAAAAUUAUUUCAACAUCUUUUGACAGUGAAUUAGGUUUAGAUUUUCAUCGUUUUAUCAUUUGAGUGUUAACUUAAGCUGUUGUGUACAACACAAUAUUGCUAAAUACACGUACUUUUGUAAUCUUUCAUCGAAGAUAACGUAUAGACCUAUUUAUAAUACAACUAUAUACGUACAUAUUAUUGUUUCCGAAGCCUUUCGUCACUCGACAUUGCACAUAUUAUUCGGGUAUUGAAGUUAAUUCAAAAUUGUAUCAUUUAUACAUUGUGAAAAAUGUUAUCCUUUUUUUUCUUUUUCUUUUCCUAUUGUAAUAAUACAAUACAAAAUGACCUUAAAUGUUAUGAUUUUAGUUUUGAAUAAUUUCAUUUAUACAUCAAAGCAUUGUCACUAGCUUUUAAUUGUGAGUGUAUGGUAAAAGCUAUCUUACACCUUCAUACGUAAGCUAGGGACGUUUCAAAAAAUGAAUGUGCUCGAUUUUCUGCUUUCAAUGACUUUCAUUACACAGAUAAUUCAAUAUGUUUAAAUGCAUAUGUACCAUGCGUAUUACUUUUCUUUUUAUCUUUAAAUGCCUUGUGGUGUUGUGCUAUUAUUGUAAUGUAUAAGUAGAUCAGUAUUUUUGCAAAAUGUGUUUGAAAAAUAUUCAAACACGAAGAAAAUAAAGUCAAGUAAUAUAAUCAAUAAGCUAAACAUAUAUACAUAGCAUGUUGGGUAUUUUACCUUUGAUACUCAAAAUGGCUUAUACUGCUGACCUCAGCUAAAUCAGUACACAAUAUUAUUCAAAUUGUUAUCAUAAAUAUAGAAAGCAUAUUUUCGAGUAGUUGUAACUUUGCUCGAACAUGUCAUAAUGAUAGUGCAAUUAGUAGGUUUUCACAAUUGUAUUAUAAUUGGAUCUUAAUUGCUAUGAUUAUAUACCUAUCAUAACGUUUGCAGAUAGAAAAAACAACAUACUUACAAUUGGUUUAUUUACAUUUAAUAUAUUUAAUAUUUUGUACAUGAUAUGUUUGAAUGUACAAUUGUGUUUGCUGAAUCGUGGCGACAUUUUGAGAGUGGGAAUAAAUAAGUGGUGCACUAGCACGGUCAUUUAUUAAGAGUGUUUCUUAAAUAGAAAGGCAGUUCAACAUUUAAAGAGUGAUUGUCGAUGUUUUUAUUCCAUGCUAUUUGCUUCCUUUUUAAGUGAUUUGCAAAGCCCCGUUCAAAAGAUAUACGAAACCGUCAAAAGCAAUACAUUUUUACUCAAAAUAAUUAACCUUUCACUCUAUAUAGGUUACAUCGGCUAUAACUGGCGUUAGGUUUAAACAUGGUCCGAAAUGCGAUGUGGUUUGAAGAUAAAAUUCGUAUAUUGCUUCAAAAACAAUAAAUAAGUAAGAACUUGAAACGUUGUUUCCUCCUCGAAAACUAACGACUAUAAUUCCUUGUAACGUCCUUAAAUUGUAUUCAAGUUUGAGGUUUCGAUUAUUUUUACUACUUUCGAUCAUAUCUUAAAAUAAUGUAAAUAGAAAGAGGAGCAAAAGGUUGCACAGUGUCUUGGAACAUUUCACAGACCAACUUUUUUUAAUUGGUUAAAGAGCGUGUAUAUUGAAAAAACUAAUAAUGUAAUUACGUGUGCCGGAAACCUAACAACUUUUUCGGUAUUAGUGAACACAAACAUUUUAUGGUUACUUGUUGUACAAUCACUUUUCUAUCAUCAAUGAUGUCUAAUGUUUUCUCUAUUACCAUCAUUUAAGAUUAUAUAUCUCCAUCAAGAAAGCCUAUGGAUUUGUUUUGAUUUUCUCAAAAAAGUGUAAUGUACCUUUUUUGAAUAUACGCUUAUUGAUGUAGCCGAAUUUUAUGUAAAAUAAAAAAAUUAACACAAAGAAUACUUCAUUUCGAUCGCGUGGUAUUGGGGAGCAGAAAUUGAGUGUUCUUGAAAAUGAUUAGUAUUUCUAUCUGUUAUGACAAGCGUUCUGUUAAAAUAAAUAACUCCGACCAUUAAUUUAUUGAAUUCAAUUUUGAUAUAA